AUGGUCUCCUUCAAAUCCGCCCUCACAUUCGCCCUCUGCGCUGUCUCAGUCGUCGCAAAUCCCAUCCCCAACCCCGAGCCCGAACAGGCCCUCGAGAAGCGCCAGGGCACAACCGACGUCGGCACAGUCACCUGUGGCAGCAACAAAUACUCCAAGAGACAAAUCCAGGAUGCCACUGCCGAAGGCUGCCGUCUCUACGCCGCGAACCAGCAGAUCGGUACCAGCCAGUACCCCCACCGCUUCAACAACCGCGAGAGCCUCGUCUUCGCCACAUCGGGCCCCUACCAGGAGUUCCCCAUCGUAACUUCUGGAAACUACAGCGGACGGGCGCCCGGAGCCGACCGUGUCGUCUUCGACCCGGCGUACCGGGGCAGCUGUGUCUACGUCGGCGCCAUGACCCACACCGGCGCUGCAUCGCGCAACGGCUUCGUAUCCUGCAACCAGACAAGGUCGUCGUCAUCUUCUGGAAGUGGUACAUCUGCUGCAUCGAGCUACAAGGGAUCCAGCUCGAUUGGGGCUGUUGUGUCUAUCCUUUCGCUCCUGGCACUCACUGUCUAA